AUGACAAGUGAUACAGCAUUUAGUAGUGUCGAUGAAACGAAUGUUCAUCCAACGACACGACAUUUUGAUGUUGCACCAUUGGAAGAUGAUGAAGAUCAUCCAAUGAUGUUAUCAUCUUCAAAUUCAAUUGAUGAUCAACAAUCUCCAUCAACAAAAACUAAUGUUGAAACAUUGGAUGAUAAAUCAUUGAGUAAAUUAUAUGAUGAUUGGUUAGAAUUAGACGCUGAAUUACGUUUAUUUGAACCAAAACAUAAAGAAUAUGUCGGAAAAUUAGAUGAAGUUGAAUCAUUAAAAGCUAAAUAUCGAAUGGAAUAUGAUAAAUAUAAGAAAAAACUUGAUCAAAUACAAAAUGAUAUCAAGGAAUUAAAAAAGACAUAUUCUAAAAAAGGUAUUGAAGUUUUACUAAAUAUUAUACCCGAAUAUGAAUUAUAUCGCCAACUGAUCUUUUUCUGUGAAAAAAAGGAGUGUUGA